AUGAAAUACACUGAAUUCCACACACCACGUGGCGUAUAUACCUGUAUUCACCGUAACAUGGUCAAGAAGUCAGGAUUUGGAAGUGGGCUGCACUACUCGCUGCUCAGAUAUUUCUUACCAAGCCCAAAUUCCGUGUACUUUGCUCUCCAACCACUCGUAUCGUAUGGGAAGACGCAUCUUGUGCUCCAGUAA